UUGCGUGCGGCAACCCGCUUUGGGGGUGUCAUAGGCUCUUCCGGCGGCCAUUGUCGCUCUUUUCCAUUCGUUCGCCGUGGAAACGUGGAUUGUGUUCGCAAAUUUCUGCGAAAAGAUUCUCUGAAAGAUGCCUCCGAGGAAGAAUAAAACCCAGAAGGAAGAGGUCCAGGUGUCCCUGGGCCCUCAGGUGCAGGAAGGUGAGAUGGUGUUCGGAGUGGCUCACAUCUACGCCAGCUUCAACGACACCUUCGUCCAUGUGACGGAUCUGUCCGGUCGGGAGACCAUCGCGCGCGUCACCGGAGGAAUGAAGGUGAAGGCUGACCGCGACGAGGCGUCCCCCUACGCCGCUAUGUUGGCUGCCCAGGACGUGGCUGAGAAGUGCAAGACGCUGGGAAUCACUGCUCUGCACAUCAAAUUGCGCGCCACCGGAGGUAACAAGACAAAGACACCCGGUCCCGGUGCUCAGUCAGCUCUGAGAGCUCUGGCUCGCUCCUCCAUGAAGAUUGGUCGCAUUGAGGAUGUUACGCCCAUUCCUUCUGACUCCACGCGCAGGAAGGGCGGUCGUCGUGGUCGUAGAUUGUAAACCAGCAGCCCAGGAAGACAUUCAGGGCUCGUCCUCCGGCUCCACAGUGACGAAAUAAAUGUGACUUGAGUUGGUAAGGACAA